ACUUCAUUUCCUAUGCAACCGGAACUCACUCAGUAUCACUAAACUCACUCUCUAACUCGCUUAAAUCUCAGUGACUCACCCACAAUGUCCAGUAGAGACGAGCCCUUGAAUUUCACAUCUUCUUCUUCGCCAAUCACGGUCUCCGAGCAGCUUGACAGCUUGUACGCUGACCCGGGAAGCGCUUCUCUCAUCGGAAGCGCUUCUAAUAGCUUCCAAAAUGAUACCCUUUUGAGUGAAGGGAGUGGUAGUGUUCUUAGUAACAGUUGUGUUGACGCUGAGUUCGGGUUCUCUAGACCCGAGUUCAGGCUGAGUCAACUCGAGGGUACGGUUGAUUUUUAUCAGCGCCACGUGUUCUUGUGUUAUAAGAGCCCCGUUGUGUGGCCGCCGAGGAUCGAAGCUGCUGAGUUCGAUCGGUUGCCGAGGUUGUUGGCGGCUGCUGUUGGUUCUAGAAAGGCUGAUAUGAAGAGACAGACCCGCUUAACAAUAUGUGAGGGUCAUGAUGGAACAGAAACAUCUAAUGGGGAUGUAUUAAUUUUCCCAGACAUGAUCAGAUACAGGAGAUUGACUCAUUUUGAUGUCGACACAUUUGUUGAAGAAGUGCUUGUAAAGAAUGGUGAAUGGCAGCCUGGUACCCCUGAAACACUUAAGGGUUGGUAUGUAUUUGUUUGUUCUCAUGGGUCCCGAGAUCGUCGCUGUGGAGUUUGUGGACCUCCACUAGUUAGUAGAUUCAAAGAAGAAAUAGAAACUCAUGGUCUUCAGGGGAAAGUGUCUGUUAGCCCUUGCUCACACAUUGGGGGGCACAAGUAUGCCGGAAACGUCAUUAUAUUUGGAUCAAAUAUCAAUGCAAAAGUCACUGGACACUGGUAUGGGUAUGUUACCCCAGAUGAUGUGCCUCUAUUACUUGAGCAGCAUAUUGGGAAAGGAGAAAUUGUGGACUUGCUGUGGAGGGGUCAAAUGGGUUUAUCAGAAGAAGAGCAAAAGAAAUCUCAAGAAUUGAGGCUCCAACUAAAUGGUGAAACCAACAUGGAGAACAGCAGUAAAGAAGUGACGCUGCAGGGACAAUUAAAUGGGGAGAAUACUGCAGCUUGUACAUCUCAAGCUGAGUUUACAGGCUGUUGCCAGCAAAAUGGAGACUCUUGUUGUCAGAACCCCGUCCUACCGGAAAAACCAGAUAAUUCGGCUGCUAAUGAGAAGGCAAAAGUGCCAACUGAAAAGAAAACAAGCAGCAAGAAACUACUUUCGCAAAACAGUAGUGGCAAAAGCCCGUCUUCGCGCAAGGUAUGUACAAUGCCAACAUGGUUUGAAAGCUGGGAGCGUGAAGAUACUUACGCAACCCUUGCAGUUGUCUGUGCCGCUGUGUCUGUUUUCGUUGCCUACAGUUGCUACAAACAGUUGGGAUAAAACUAUGGAGCGAAUGUGUGUUCAUUUUAAUGGUAUAAUGGCUCAAAACCGCCUUCUGCUUGUGUUAUCAUCAUAAUGUAAUGCAUCUGCAGGAAGAUCUUUCUGGGAUAUGAGGGAAAAGGGCUUGAAGGAAAGCAUUAGUCAGAUAUGUAAAUUAUUAUUAAGGGUAUUUGAAACUUGAAUUAUUUCUUUGUUCUUUAUGUUUAGUUUCUACCUGUACAUAUAUGGUGGCACCAUAUAUUGUUUUAUGGGAGCUUUUGGUUUGUAAAUCAUUACGAGGAUCACUGCCCGUUUCUAACCUCAAGGAGCCCUUUAUUCAGGCUUCUAUUUUAGUUAUAAGAAUUGUGUUGUGUGUUU